AUGGCGCCAGCUGCUGCACAAGUACAAGUCCGUCGCGGCGGCGAUGACGCUCGCACCAUCCUGAACUGGUCGGCCGACGAGACCGUCGCGGCCAUUCGCGAGAAACGCAUCUCUGCCCGUCGCUACAUCACCACCGUCCUGGAGCAGGCCCAGCGCGGUGCCUCGCUCAAUGCCUUUGUCACGCUGCUUCGCCAACAGGCUCUCGAGGCCGCCGACAAGGUCGACGUGGCCAUCUCCUGCGGUGCCGCGCUGCCGCCUCUUGCCGGGCUCGCCAUUGUCGCCAAAGACAAUAUCAAUUUGGAGGGCGUUGCCACCACGGGCGGCACGCCGGCGCUGCAGUACGCGAGACCCAACAACACGGCGCCGAGCCUGCGCAAGCUCAUCACCGCCGGCGCCAUCGUCAUUGGCAAGGCCAACAUGCACGAGCUCGCGUUUGGCAUCACCAGCACGAAUUUCGCCCCGUUUGCCCUGCCCGUGCACAAUCCGUACGCGGCAAACAUGAUUCCGGGCGGCUCGUCUGGCGGCACCGCCGCCGCCAUUUCGUCCCAUGUGGUCCCCUGCGGCUUGGGCACGGACACGGGUGGCUCAGUCCGCAUCCCGGCAGCGCUCACUGGCAUUGUCGGCUUUCGCCCCUCCCUUGGCGACGGCGGCCCAGAGCGCCGCUAUGUCGACGACGACGCCGUCCUGCCCAUUAGUCACACCCGCGACACCGUCGGCACAAUGGGCCGGUCUGUCGCCGACGUGACGCUCCUCGAUUCCAUCAUUGCCGGCCAGCCUCGCCCCGAGGCGGCUAAUCUGGCCGGUGUCCGCCUGGGCGUUCCACGUGUGCUCUGGACCGGACUGGACAAGAAUCUAGAGCAAGUCGUGUUGAAAGCGCGCCAGCUGCUCGAGCAGGCCGGUGCCGUUCUGGUAGAUGCUGACAUUCCCGACCUCAUCACCCUCGACAACAAAAUCUCUCUACCUCUUGCGCUCCACGAACCCCGAACUGACAUUCCUGCCUAUCUCAAGGCCUCGGGCAUAAACAACGUCACCAUUGACGAUAUUGCUCAACGCAUUGCUAGCCCUGACGUCCAGAAACUGUUCAAGCUGGUGACGGACGACGCCUUUGGCGGUGCCUACAAUGACGCCAUCACAAUCCACCGUCCAGCCCUGAAACGCCUGUACGCGGAUUACUUUGUCAGCGCCAACGUGUCCGCGAUUCUAUUUCCCACGACGCCUCUGCCCGCUACACCCAUUGACUACACCAAUGGCUCCGGCACCGUCUCCAUCAACGGCGGCCCGCCGCAGGACACGUUUGGCACCUACAUCAGCUUCACCUCGCCCGGCAGCGACGCCGGUAUCCCCGGGCUGAGCAUCCCAGCUGGCUUGACGCGAAGUGGGCUGCCCGUGGGCAUCGAGAUUGACGGGCCACUCGGCAGCGACGUCCGCCUGCUGAGCUUGGGUCUGGCCAUUGAGAAGAUCCUGGGCCGCCUUCCACCACCCAAAUUAUUCGUCUGA